AUGCCCGCAUUCGCAAAAUUUUUUUCAACUCUCAAGGGCUCACGAGAAAUAGUUAGAAGCCGGCCUAAUCACGACCUCACCAUUCAAGCAUAUAAAUUUAAUGAAGAUGAUUUAAACGUGCUGAAAGUGAGAUUUCAACUGGCAGCUGAAGACCACGUUAUUUCUAAUAUUCCUAACGAGAAAAUUGAAGAAUUUCCAGAGAAAUACUUUUGUCCCAAAGUAAACAGAAAAAUGCUCAUAGAUGAAGAUUUCGAUAUUAGAAAAAUUAGCAAUUUUUCGGAUAGUCCCAUUAGAACAUUCUUUCGUAAGAUGCAAAUCGUUACGAGAAACCCAUUAGGAAUGCCCGAGUCUAGAACAGAUGAUUUAGUAGCUGAUUUGCUUCGUGUUGUUAAAAUGAAUGAUGAUCCCUUGAUGAUAGCACAACAUCUACCAAGAAAAUUAUAUAUUUUAAAUGAGCCUUACGUUUCGGCAGAACCUGAAUUUGUGGUAACUAAAGGAGUAAUAUCUAUGGUUUUUGUAGAAGAUAAAACCUUAGAAAAUACCAACCGUCUUUGUGCUUAUGGAGAAAUGCAAAUUGCUGCCGAACUGCUUGCUUGCGAAAAUGAUAAUGUACGUGAAGAUAGCAAAAUCACUGAUCAGGUUUUAUUUGGUGAAAAUGAUAAGAAAAGUGGUCUUGAUCUUGCACACCCAGAUGGAAGGAGAAAAGUGUUAACUGCAUUAGCCAAAAUUCGUCAAUAUCUUUUGAAAUAG